UCUACAACUCCACAGCACACACACGGACACCCACCCCUCACCGCCCUCCUUCCAUAGUCCAUCCCCCCCCGCUUCUUCUUCUCCUCCUUCUCUCUUGUCCUCUUCUCUCUCUCUCUCUCUCCGAACCUACCUCUCUCUUUCUCCUUCCCCUUCCAACCCCACAUCUUCAUUACAAUACUUCUUCUAUUCUAUAUAUUACCCCUCACUCUGCCUAUCUCAACCCCCUUCUCUCUCUCUCUGUUUCUCAUCAUCAUCAUCAACGAUUCAACAUCAUGGCUUCACGCGGACCUCAACUGCUCAAAGACUACCUCGCAGCCGACUCCAACUCAUGCUCCUCAAGCGGCUUCCGAUCCUUCCCUCGUCGCCUACAACACCACUCCACCCAAACCGUCCGUACCCUCCUCCAAAUCGACCUCAACACAAACACCCCCAAUUCACCCGUCAAACUAACCCGAAGCCGGUCCAAAGCCGUCAAAUUCUUCUCCAACGCCGUCAAACUCUUCCCCUUCAACACAGUCAAGUCGAGACGGGAAGAAUUCCGCGGGAACUACAGCGUCGUCGUUCGAGGGGCCUCCGGUCCGUUUAAAGUGAAGGACAUCCUGCGGUGGAAAUCGUUCCGUGACUUGGUCGAGGAGGAUUCUCCGCCGUUGGAUUUCUACGACGGGACCACGACCUCCACGGGGUCCGCUAGCAGUAGUAAUACCUCUGCUACGAGCUGGUGUGAUAGCGAUUUCACUGCGGAGGAGUUACCGUGUUGGGGCGGUAAUUCUUGCGAGUAUUUGGAGGGUAAAAGGUUUUCACCCGAGGUGAGUGUCGGCGGCGACAGCGACUCAACAGUUGACCCCAAGGGAGACGCAUCAUGCGAAGAGAUCAAAGAACAGAACAGUCCAGUCUCAGUCCUCAAUUUUCCAAUCCAAGAAGAUGAACAAUCAUUCUCGCCCUUCCACCAGUGUCUUGAAAAUCUGGAGAGGCGAAAACAUAUGCUCCUUCAAGACUUGGAACAUUUUGAACAUCUCUCCACCAAGCUAGGACCAACCAACGUUGAGGACAAAUGUUUGGACGAGGAGUACUCGGAUUGUAAAGAAUACCAUGGUGAUCACGAUGACAAAUGUGUCCAAAAAGGCGGUGGAAACGAAGAAAAGGCAAGACAAAUGUUGAAUCAUAUCAGAACUACUAGCUCGUUGGAAACCCGUGAAGCAAGUGUAGAUCAGCUGCUCUUGGAUUUUUUCAGCAAUGAAUUGGGUACAAGCAGGAACCAAAAUGAUGCUAGGUUUGACUGUGGCAUUCUAAGAGUAGCGGAAGAUUGGGUAAGUGGAAAAUAUGAGUCAUUUGAGUGGGAAAUGGAGGGAAAGAGGGAGGCCUUUGUAAGAGACAUGGAGAGGGGAGAAAGGUGGAAGAAGUUUGAGGAGGAGAUAGAAGAGCUGGCCAUGGAGAUGGAGGCUUGGGUGUUGGAUUACUUGGUGGAUGAGCUUGUAGUCGAUCUUUCCUUUUCAUUGAAGACUCAAAAGGAUUAAAGGUGAGAAGUUCACAAGUUGGAGAAGUCUUUUUUUCCAAAUACACCCUUAAGCGCACAAUCGCGCUUCAAGAUUGGUGUAAUGUGAUAUUUUUACCACAUUGUACCACUAAAAGAGCAUAGAUUGGGUCGAACGUGUGACGAAAAGGGAAUCGGGGAAAAGAUGA